CAAUAAUUUCAAUGUCCCACUCAAUUUAUCAAAUAAUGGAUUAUGAUUGCAAAAAACUACUUGUUGUACUGCAAUGUUGCCUACACUGUAAACUAAAGGCGCCAAAAUCCUUUGAUUGACUGUCUGACCAUGCUCCGAAGAUACUUAUACAACUAACCUGUAUUGUUGUGGUUUUAAAUUUUUUGAAUGUUUUCGUUUCGAUCCAUUAAAUUUACAAUUUUAUAAGGUAUCUAAUUAUCAGUGGUUCAGUUUCAUUUCCGAACUUAAUACUUUGUAAUUUGGUCGUGAAUAAAUAUGGAUUGGAUUCAUUGCAAUUCGUGUUUCGUUCAACCAGGCAGAGAAAAUGGAAACGCGACCAAAAUACAAUUUCAUUUGACCAGCUGUGGUCAUAUAUUUUGUGAAAACUGCAGUUGUUUUGCGGACGAAACAUUGGAUUGCUGCAAAUACUGUAGGAAUAAAUGUUCAUCCACUUUGAUUGGAGAAAAGUCAUUUCAAACGAACCCACAAGUUUUAGAAUAUUUUCAAGAACCAGAAGAAGUCUACGAAAAAUUGCUCAAAGUGAUGAAAUUCCAAAAAGCGCAUCGUAUUAAAUUGAUUGGUCAUCAUCAAUUUAUUAUAUCGAAGUAUAACAGAGCAAAAUUAUAUAUUAAAAAACUUGAAGGUGAACUAAAAAUUGCUAAAAACGCAUUGCGGAAUACACCACAAAGUGCACACAACGUUACAGAAACCCGAUCCAUUUCAACCCCAAUUUUUCAACUAAAUUCAACUCCAUUUAAUAUGAUUAACGCAGAAGCAAAACUGCAAAAUACUUCUGCAAAAAUUAAAACAAUAAUACCUGAUAUGAGACAUAGGAAACAGUCAUUUCGAAGUGAAUUAUCAAUGUUAUCUACGGGAAGUACUGCAUCUGGAGUUUCUACACCAGGUUCUUCAGUUUACGCAAGUCCUUUGCAAGAAAUUUGUAAUGAAAAGUACAUGCCUGCAAUGGAUAACUUACAAUUAAAGUCAUUUGGACAUAAGUAUCAAAAAAAGAAUCAAAAAGACCUAUAAAAUAAAAAUAAAUUGGUUCAAAUUAAUAUAUAUUACAAUUUUAUACGUGUGUAGUAGAUGUAUUUUUUUUUUUUUUUUGUAACCAUAAAUCAUAAUAAUAUGUAUAAGUUAUAAGUUUACAAUAGGUUUUUUCUAAUCAAAUUUAGUUGGAUAAAGGCAUUUUGAUGUUAUAAAACACUUAG